AUGCUAGACCCUCAUCAGACACCCCGUCAGCAACGGGCACGACCACAGUCAGACUCGCACGCCCAACGAUACAGCAUUCUGCGGGCUGCCAGGCGCACCUCCUCGAGCGCACUCUCAAACACAUCAACAACAGACUAUGACGAGACCUCUGACCUCGACUCCCUCCACGAUGUCACCAUCUCCCCUUCACCCAGUCACCAGAGCUCCCGCACGACUUCCCCUGGAGACCACAACAACAGCAGUAGUAGCAAUAACAACAGCACUGCAUCGUCAUCAUCAAGAAAGGCUAAAAAGACUGGCCUUCGACUCAGUCUCAUGAACCUGCGAACACCAAAGUCAUCCUCUCGAACCCCGUCCGACAUUGAACACUCACCAGAGCCAUGCUCAUCACGGCGCUCUACCGAUGGCUCCCGGACACCUAUCGAAGGUCGCACCUCCCUGGAGCUGCCACGGACAUCCUUCGAUAGCAUCGACCCCCGGCGCAGGGAGCACCUUGCCUCUCCUCCACAAUUCUCGACCUCGGCGCCAAAGACUUCAGCACGCUUUUCGUUUAUUCACUCUCCGACGCCAUCCACACCGACCAUGGCUCGCCCUACCCACCAUCGAAGUAACACGACCCCAAUCCAUUCGCCCAACCCUUCGACCUACGGCACAUCGCCACACAGGACCAUGGCCUCACCCUCUCCUCAGCCCGUCAAGGAGACACGCACCAUGAUGAAGGACUAUGAUCCCAUGACCGGCAACAAAAUGAUCAACAAAUACAUGGUGGUUCGGGAACUAGGCCGAGGUGUCCACGGCAAGGUCAAGCUCUGUCGAGACACAGUGACAGAGGAACUCUGUGCCAUCAAAAUUGUGGAUAAGACCACUAGGCGGCGACUUGGACGAGCUCAAAUCUCCAAUGAACAAAAGAUCCGUCGGGAAAUUGCCAUUAUGAAAAAGUGUAUCCACCCCAAUGUCGUCCGCCUCAUCGAGGUCAUUGACGACCCCAACGCAAGAAAGAUUUACCUUGUUCUGGAAUACAUGGAAGGCGGUGAGGUUCGCUGGAAAGACACAGAAGAAAAGCCCAUUCUGCCGCUGGACGAUGCUCGUAGCAUCUUUCGCGAUAUUGUGCUCGGCCUGGAAUACCUUCACAUGCAGGGGAUUAUUCACAGGGACAUCAAACCGGCCAACCUCUUAUUGUCGGGCGACGGGACGGUCAAGAUAUCCGACUUUGGAGUCUCGCACUUCAGCGAAAAGAACGCCUUGGAUCAUGAUCUGGAAAACGCCCCUGCAGUCGAAAAGGCUCCUCAUACACCGUCGGGAUCUAACCCCUUUGAAAACUUUUUCCGCCAUCCCGCGCCGCACUCGCCUCUGGCAUCAACGUUUUCUGGGCGUAGUCAGGGGGUGUUUCAUCAGGACCUGCCGUCUUCCCACCUUCAACAACAACAGUUUUCAUCGGCAACACAACAUCAACAGUGGGGUGAUGAUCUUGAACUUGCCAAGACAGCAGGAAGUCCAGCUUUCUUUGCACCCGAGUUGUGCUACGCCAGCGAGUUCUCGCCCGCAAUGUCUCCUGCACUAUCAUCGGCAUCUCAGACCUCUUUCAUCUUGACAUCACCGACCCCGCGGACGGUCCCCUCAACACCCACUGGAACAAUAUCCACCGCAGGCGGUUAUGGAUGGACUCCCCGACCACCAAUCACUAAAGCUAUCGACAUUUGGGCGCUUGGCGUGACACUGUACUGUUUUGUCUAUGGCCGCUGUCCAUUCAUUGCAGAGACAGAGUUUGAGCUGUUCAACAUCAUUCCAAGGAAACAACCGAGCUACCCAGACUCUGUGCCUGGACGUGAUCACGUCGAGGCGUCGUUGAAGGAUCUCUUGGCGAGAUUGCUCGAGAAGGAUGUCGGCAAGCGAAUCACCUUGAGAGAAGUCAAGGAACAUGCUUGGGUAACAGAAGGACUGAAGGAUCCCGUACGUUGGAGAAUCGAGACUGACCCAGGAAACUACCAACGUGUGCACAUCACGGACGAAGAUUUGAAGGGAGCGGUUACCAUCAUGGACAAAAUCAAGAACCGCAUCCGCAAGCUCUCCAUUUCACUCACCAACUUUACCCUCAACCGACGACGGAGCAAAUCCAUCACCUCUGCCAACCCUCCAGAAUCGCCCACAAUAUUGCACAGUCCUAUUCCCAUCAUUCGGUCCCCAGCUACUACUUCACAGUCCUCCACACAUGCUGUCGCCCAGCCCCAGACCUACGUGAACCCAAUGUCGUUGCCCGAACGCUUCCAGCACUUUUACUCGCACAGCAGCCCAGGUCCUAAUGCAGCACCUUUUCGAUCCGAUCGUCUUGAGCGCCCCAACAGUGUAUGCAGCAAUACGAGUAGUAUAGAGGAGGUGGACGAAGGUGACGACCUGAGUGGCUCGGGUUCGUCAGCACAAAAGAACGCUAGCUACAUCAACCGGAGGCGGCUGCUUCGCCAUUCAACACAUCAACACUCAACCAAAAACAAUCUGGAUAGUCGACCCCUGUCCAUUGGAUCAUACCCCAACAACCCUUCAAGAAGGAGUUACGGGCACGAGCUUGAGGAACAAUCGCUUGGUCUCUACGCCAACAAGAAUGUUGCCGGGGGUGCAUCAUUUGGCGGGUUGCCAAGCGCACGGGUCGUCCCUACUGGCAACAGUGGUCUAUCCAAGAGCUGGGUAUACUCUGGCAAUCCAAACGCAGAUGCUAGGCUAGCCAGUGGGUCCCAUUCUCAGCAGGAGCAGCUCAAUGUCCCUCAAAACGCUGGCUCCUACCGGACGACGACAUUGUCGCCCUCGUCCACACUUGUCUCGGAUAUCCUUCAAGACCAAACCGAGCAUGGAUACAAAGAGUCGUUUUCUAAACCACCCAACUCUGUGGCUCCAGAGUGCACAUAG